AUGGACGGCAUCUCUAGCGCAUCUGGUGUUUUCGCUGCCGUCUCCAUUGCUAUUCAACUAGGAGAAAGUAUCAAGAAAAUAGUGGAGUUGGGGAAGGCCAUCAAAGAUGCGCCAACUCAUAUUCGCGCCCUUUUUCAAGACCUGGAAGUAUUGGCUGCUGUUCUUUCUCAGAUCGAGCAGCUCAAUAAACAUGUUGCCUUUGAUAACGUCACCGAGAAAGCCCUGCAAAACUGCCAAAUUAAAAUCUUGAAGCUCCAGAACGCCAUCCACCAAGCACAACUAAAUGUCAAGUCAAAGAGUCGACUCCGGCGGAAAUGGGGCGCUUUCUCAUUCGCCCUGAACGAACAUGAGAUACAAUCUAUUCAAAUAUCCAUCGAGGAAGCCAAAUCAACUUUACAACUCGUUCAAAUAAAGUCUUUGACCUACGUCCUUACUCUUUAG